AUGCUGAUUCUAUUGGCAUUCAAGUUGGCCUUGCCCAAGCACUUCUUUCUGGGGCGAGGCAACCACGAGGACCAGCAGAUGAACUAUUACUAUGGCUUCACAGGAGAGGUCUUAGCAAAGCCGGCUGCUGAGAAGGAAGUCUGUUUGUGCAUUUACGUCUCCCCGAGGGCCUUGCCACUGGCACAUGUGGUGAACGAAGAUGUCUUCGUGACUCAUGGAGGUCUUCCGAGGAUCAACGAGAUCAGUUUGGAUCAGAUUGCAGCCUUGGACCGAGUUCAGGCAUCCUUGGUGGGCACAUGGGGGGAGCAAGAAGUGCGAGAAGAAGGUGUGAUUUACAAUGAUCUCAUGUGGGCGGAUCCACAUGAUGGCUCUGGCAGCAUCGGAAGCCAGCGCGGCGGCAGUGCCAAGAUGUUUGGUGCAGACAUGACUGAGCAAUUCCUGAAGAGGAACGAUCUCAGCUUCAUCAUUCGGUCGCACGAAGUCAAGGAUGAAGGCUUCGAAUGGCAGCAAAAUGAGAAGUGUCUCACAGUGUUCUCUGCACCACAAUACUGCGAUAGUUGUAACAACCUGGGAGCCGUUGUGCGAUUGCACGCGGACGAGGCAGAUGAAGGCGGCUGUGUGCUCCGCUCCGUUUUGUUGGAUGUCUUGUCUUCUCUAUAG